AUGGACUCCGUUCUCCAAGUUGGAUACAACCUGCUCGAUAGGGGGCUAGUCCCAGACUUGGCGCUUCGGAUUGCGAUACGCCUGCUUUUACGCCAACGUCUACGCGAGAUCAACACUGGGUCUCUUGAAGCAAACCACACAGAAAAGAUGAAAUUCAUCGAAGGUCUGCGAAACCACUACACCAUUGCAGACGUUCCCGAGAAGGCCAACGAACAACUUUACGAAGUUUCUACGGAAUUCAUGCUGUCGACCCUCGGGCCAUACGGAAAAUAUUCCGCGGGCUUGUAUCCCACUGGAAGAGAGACGCUUGCUGAAGCCGAGAAAUUCAUGCUGGAGAGUUACUGUACGAAGGCCUAUUUGCGCGAUGGACAGGACAUCCUGGAUUUAGGAUGUGGAUGGGGAAGCCUCUCAUUAUUUUUGGCAGAGAAAUAUCCUAACUCACGUAUCACGGGCUUGUCAAACUCGGCGACCCAAAAGCAAUAUAUAGACGGCGCAGCUAAAAAACGUGGUUUAACCAACGUUACGAUCAUCACAGCAGAUGUCAACACACAUGAUUUUGAUAGUUCGAUAAGAUUCGACAGAAUUAUUAGUGUCGAGAUGCUUGAACAUAUGAAAAAUUAUCAGAUGUUGUUUAAGAAAAUCUCCUCGUGGCUUCGUCCAAGAUCUCAGAAAGCCGAAAUCUCCAACGAAGCAGACGAAUCCCUGCUUUUUGUUCAUAUUAUUUGCCACAAAACAAUGCCGUACCAUUUCGUAGAAAAUGAUGGCUGGAUGGCGAAGAACUUCUUUUCAGGCGGGACUAUGCCCUCGCAUGACCUAUUUGUGUAUUUCCAAUCGGAUUUAACUUUGAUCCGAAGCUGGUACAUAUCCGGAAAACACCACUCAAGAACGCUGGAGCAUUGGCUUCAGAACCAGGACAAGAAUAGAAAAAAGGGAUUGAAGGAACUCCAGAUGGACGCAAUCGAAAAAGGAUACAAUGCUAUUGAAGGGAAAAAGUCAUUUUAUAGGUUCCGUGUCUUUUUUAUGGCAUGCUCUGAGUUGUUCAAUAUGGAUGGAGGAGAACAGUGGGGUCUUGGACAUUACUUAUUCAAAGCGAAAUAA